AUAAAACACUUUGCGGCUAGCAGAACAGACCGUACAGUAAAUCGUAGAUUUUAGUCGCGCGUUGUCGUACUGUAAUAACGGUCAUUGUUGAGUGUGCUCCAACACACUGCUACGGAAAAAAUAUCAAAAUACACUUGAAAAUAUUUCUAUUUCUAACUUAAAGAUAUUCCGUCCAAAUUAACACAAGAUGAGAGUCAACAAUGGUCGAUUGUGGGGUAAAUUUAGCAACGAUGAGUUCGAAGUGAGAAGUUUAACCGAAACUGAUUUGGAAGAAGCUUUAGAGGUACUUGAUAAAUCGUUCUUUUUGUACGAGUCCGUUAGCAUUGCAUGUGAAAUCAAUUUGCCGCAAAAUGGGCAAGCGCGUUCGGAACUUCGUGAACUAUGCCGCAUAACGGCAGAUGAUGGUGUAUCAUUAGUUGCCAAGCAUGUGAAGAGUGGAAAAAUAGUGGGUGUUUCAUUCAAUAAAAUACAGUACAUUCCACCGAACGGCGAGGAUCCUUUCUUCGUACAAUUCCGCAAAGAGCGCACAAAAUCACCGCAAGCUCAAUCCCUUAUGGACUUUAUGAUCGAUGUAGAUUCGGAGACCGAUGUAUUUGAGCUUUAUAAAAUUGACACACUCCUGGAGUUAAUGUUUCUGGCCACAUUACCAGAAUGGGGUCGUCGUGGUGUUGCAAGUGAAUUGGCGCGCUACACGAUACAACUAGCACGUGAACUCUCCGAGGGGGUUGGCGUCGAUGAAGUACAUCCCCAACUACGCGAUAAGCGUCCCAAAGCUGUAACUGCAAUCUUUACCUCCAUAUUUUCACAGAAAGCCGGUCGUUCGCAAAAUUUCAAAGUGAUCAACAGUGUGCCCUAUACACGCUUCACCUUUAAUGGCAAAACAUUUGAUCAAACUAUUAAUCCUUUGCAUAAAACUUCAGAACAUGUUGUGUUUUUGUUGUAAAGCAAGAAGUACUAAAAAUUAAGGUGUGAUUGACUUAGAUUUAGAUGCUUGUGAACACAUUAUCUGAAAGGAAUAUGAAUUGAAAAUACAAAUUUCCAAAUAACUAUAUGUGACCUGGUCUACGAAAAGGGAGCUAACGUGCGAAAACUAGUUUUCUGGGAAACAGCUGUUAAAAAUAAACAACUCUCACCUUCCAUCCGAAUUAACUAAAGUGAAAAUUGAUUUUUUGACACCUUAGCCCCAUUUCCGUAGACCAGGUCACAUAUUCCUAUAAAAUAUAUACGAUGGAGACGCUAUUUCUAACCGACUUUGCUAAAGGUGUUUGUGUAGUAAAUAUUAGUAUUAAAUAAUUAUCGUUUGUUAGUUCACAAAUAAAUCAGCACAAGAAACCA